UCUAUUCUCUACAUCUCAACUCACCUCCUUUUCUUCUUCCAACUACAAACCACCAAAAUAUAACCUUGAAUUCACCUUCAAAAUCUCAAAUUUCAAUCUCCAUUUCUUCCUUUCAAACCCAAGAAGAGCAAAAGACCACCUCUUGAGGCAGAAAAAACAUGAGGCCUAAAAGCCAACAAAUCCCCAACUUUAAGCUUCUCCUCUUUGGUGUCUUCCUUGCUUUCUUUCUGUUAUUUUUGUUAAGAUCAAAUAUAUCAUCUUCUUCCAAGGAAAACCCAUCUCCUAGUUCAAGUACCUUUAAAUCCAAAAUCCCAAAACAUGAUGAAGCAAAUGCAACAAGCUGUUCCCCAACUUGCAACAAGAUCCCACGGUCCCUAGCUCAAGCUCUCAUCCAUUACACAACCUCAACCAUUACACCACAACAAACACUUAAAGAAAUCUCAGCAACAGCAAAAGUUUUAGAGAAGAAAUCUCCAUGCAACUUCUUGGUUUUUGGGCUUGGUCAUGACAGUCUUAUGUGGAGUACACUAAACUAUGGAGGAAGAACAAUUUUCCUUGAAGAAGAUGAGGCUUGGAUUUCACAAAUUAGGAGAAGGUUCCCCAUGUUAGAGUCCUAUCAUGUGACCUAUGAUAGUAAGGUGAACGAAGCAAACAAUCUCAUGGAGGUAGGCAGAGGACCUGAGUGCACAGCAGUCAGUGAUCCCAAGUUCUCUAUGUGCCAACUUGCCUUGAAAGGCUUGCCUAAUGAAGUUUAUGACAUAAAAUGGGAUUUAAUCAUGGUUGAUGCACCUACAGGUUACUAUGAAGAGGCACCAGGAAGAAUGACUGCUAUAUAUACUGCAGGAAUGAUGGCUAGGAACAGGGCAGAGGGAGAAGAAACUGAGGUGUUUGUGCAUGAUGUGAAUAGAGAAGUGGAAGAUACAUUUUCUAAGGUAUUUCUCUGUGAAGGGUAUAUGAAGAAACAGGAAGGGAGGUUAAGGCACUUCACCAUUCCUAGCCACAGGGGUGCCUUGGACAGGCCCUUUUGCCCUGAGUAGAUUUCUGUUGGUCUUUAUGUAUUUUCCCUUGUUCCUGCCUUUUUUAUCCUCUGCCAUUUUUGUCCAUUUUUAAAGAACUUGGUUUCAUUUUGGCACAACAUAUGGCUUGUGAGUUGUGAGUGGGUGCGAUGGCCAAUGGGGAUGAGCAACUAUAAUGUGAUUAACAAAGAUUUGAAAUUUCCCAGGCUGUAUGGACCCAAAAAAAAAAAGGGAAAAAAAAUCCUAUUUCGGAUUUGAUA